CGCUCCGCGCGCGCGCCCCGCGCCCCCUUAAAAAGCGGCGGGGGAGGCCGCGCUCGGUCUCACUUUCCUCCGACGCUCAGGGCUCGCCUCUGUCUGUGGUUAAAGCUCGCUGCUGCUUCCUUGUUUUUCCGAUCGCCAUGGAAGAAGAGAUCGCCGCCCUGGUUAUCGACAAUGGGUCUGGCAUGUGUAAAGCUGGCUUUGCUGGCGACGACGCCCCCCGCGCCGUCUUCCCCUCCAUCGUUGGCCGCCCCCGGCACCAGGGCGUCAUGGUGGGCAUGGGCCAGAAGGACUCCUACGUGGGCGAUGAGGCCCAGAGCAAGAGAGGCAUCCUGACUCUCAAGUACCCCAUCGAGCACGGUAUUGUCACCAACUGGGACGAUAUGGAGAAGAUUUGGCACCACACUUUCUACAACGAGCUGCGUGUGGCCCCCGAGGAGCACCCGGUGUUGCUGACUGAGGCACCCCUGAACCCCAAGGCCAACAGGGAGAAGAUGACCCAGAUCAUGUUUGAGACCUUCAACACGCCAGCCAUGUAUGUGGCCAUCCAGGCGGUGCUGUCCCUGUAUGCCUCUGGCCGAACCACCGGUAUUGUCAUGGACUCUGGCGAUGGUGUCACUCACACUGUGCCCAUCUACGAGGGCUACGCCCUGCCCCACGCCAUCCUGCGUCUGGACCUGGCAGGCCGAGACCUGACUGACUACCUCAUGAAGAUCCUGACCGAGCGAGGGUAUAGCUUCACCACCACGGCUGAGCGUGAGAUUGUGCGUGACAUCAAGGAGAAGCUGUGUUACGUAGCCCUUGACUUCGAGCAGGAGAUGGCCACAGCCGCUUCCUCCUCCUCUCUGGAGAAGAGCUAUGAGCUGCCAGACGGCCAGGUGAUCACAAUUGGCAACGAGCGUUUCCGGUGUCCCGAGGCCCUCUUCCAGCCCUCCUUCCUAGGUAUGGAGUCGUGCGGCAUCCACGAGACCACUUUCAACUCUAUCAUGAAGUGUGACGUGGACAUUCGGAAGGACCUGUAUGCCAACACGGUGCUGUCUGGCGGGACCACCAUGUAUCCCGGCAUUGCUGACAGGAUGCAGAAGGAGAUCACAGCGCUGGCGCCCAGCACAAUGAAGAUCAAGAUCAUUGCUCCCCCUGAGCGCAAGUACUCGGUCUGGAUCGGCGGCUCCAUCCUGGCCUCGCUGUCCACCUUCCAGCAGAUGUGGAUCAGCAAGCAGGAGUACGACGAGUCGGGCCCCUCCAUCGUCCACCGCAAAUGCUUCUAGACGGACUGCCAGCAGGUGCCACCACCUGCCGCAUGAGCCCAUUCCCGAGUGCAGGUUGCACACCUGUACGCCUCAUGCUAGCCUCGUGAAACUGGAAGAAGCCUUUGAAAAGAAAUUGUCCUUGAAGCCUGUAUCUUGAUAUCAGCACUGGAUCAUAGAACUUGUUGCUGACCUUGACCUUGUAUUCAAGUUAACUGCUCCCUUGGUCUGUGUUUAAUACCCUGUACAUAUCUUUGAUUUAAACCCCUAGUUCGUGUGAUCUGGUCAUCCCAUGGCCAAGGUGAGGGAUGACAUGGUGUGGUGAAAUUGUUGGCGUGGCGAGUGUCUGCUUCACUGACCUCGCGGUCUGUGCAGGGUAUUAAUGCGGAGAGCUGACGGUGCCAGGAUUUCCAGAGGCUGGCAAGAGUUGGAAAGCAGUUGUCAUUUCUGUCUUGCCAGCCUUGACAGGGUUGGAAAAAUCUGAGCCUUAGGACCCAGUUUCCUCUCUUAGCUGAUGUUUUCCCGUUGGAACACCGUGGGUUGUUAAAACUUGCCUUGAGUUGGAAGAUGAUUUGCAUUUAAACCUGUAAAUUUAUUCAUCCUUUUAAUUUAUGUGAGGUUUUUGUACGCAGUUCUCAACUCUAAGAUGACAACAAAUUUUGGUUUUUCUAUUGUCAUGUGCGAACAUUAGGCCCCAGCAACGCGGCGUCGUGUUAAGGAGAAAUAAAGUGCUGCAGUGAACCGG